GGUCCCAUAUAUCAUUUUGUUAUGACUUUGGUACAAUGGACCCAACAACAAACCUUGUUGAGUUUUCAUCUCAGAAUUUGGAAGCAUGUACCAACAAUUUCAGUCAGAGCAAUCUCAUUGGCUUGACAAAGUUUGGUAGAUUGUAUAGAGGCAUCCUUGAAGGUCAACAUGUAGUAGUGAAGAUAUGGGAUGGUGAAAGAAUGGAACAGUUAAGUUCCAAAUAUGAUGAUGAGAAUUUGAUUAUCAAAGAGGAAGUAAAAUUUUGGACUAAUCCAACAUUAAGAGGUUACCCCAAUUUGGUGAAGUUGAUUGGUUAUACUUGGGAGAGAGAUGCAAAGGGACUUGUUUAUGAUCUCAAUCCACUUGAUACUUUGGAUAACGUAAUAAUGAAAGAUAACCUGAAUUGGCUUCAGAGAAUAAAUGUAAUUCAUGAACUUGCAAAGCUCCUGAAAUUCAUUCAUGACCAGGAAAAGCAAAAUAUGGUGUUGAAUAUCAGUGCAUCUCAUAUUCUUCUCGACAAGGAUUACAAGCCAAAUUUUAUUGAUUUGGUGUUGCUUAGUGAAGUGACAAUGCUAAGGGAACAACUAACAAUGUCAACUAGCUACAUCAAUCCUUAUUUUUCUCUAAGGGGUGGUGAAUGGGAUAGAAGCUGUGAAGUGUUCUCAUUUGGCAUUGUUUUGCUUGAACUAAUAACCAAAAGAGUUUCAGUCAUUGGGAAGAGAGAACAUGCAAGCAUAAACUUGGACGGUGUGGUUCAUAUUUGGGCCAAGAAAGAAUACAAGCCAAAUUGUUCUCUUGUCCAUGAAACUUUGCAGGAAGAUUGGUGUUACUGUGCUGAAGAUGGUGUUUCAAUAACUUUAUUGGCAUUGCAAUGCAUAGAAUUUUUUCCAGCAAACCGUCCAACAAUGAGGGAUGUCUUGCACAGGCUAGAUAAUCUUUUGGUGUUACAACGUAUGGCUGAUGCUAGAGCAACCAAAAGGGAAAAGCAACUCAUUUCAUCCUGAUAGAAAUUUAGCAAACUUUUGUAUGCCAAAAAUGUGUGUAUAUAAAAAGUUAACAGCUUUUCCUAACUUUACUGCUAGUAUGGGGAGUAUGUUAUUAUUGAAGCAAUUGAGAUUUCUUCAAAUGUUUUAAAUUCUACCAUUUCUCUUAUUCUCCCUA